AUGUCCAGCUCAGAACCAAAACGUGGUCCUAGCAAGGACGACCAGAAGGAGCACACUGGGACAUCGGAGAAGAGGAAUGCUUUUACAGAGCUCCUCGCCCCAAAACCAAAGCAGCCGAAGCCUUCCCCCAGGGCACCAUCUGAACGCAAUGCUUCCAGAGGCCAAGCUACAUUCGGUGCUCGCGAUGGACUGGGAGCCUACAUCGCAAAGCCAGAAAGAUACCCUGCAAAUGUGGUAGUAUAUCACAAUGAUGACUUUGUCGCAAUCCAUGACAUGUUCCCAAAGUCAUCAUUGCAUCUACUCCUUCUCCCACGCGACCAGACCAAAACACGUCUCCACCCCUUCGACGCCUUUGAAGAUGCCGAAUUCCUCUCAAAAGUAAAAACAGAAACAUGCAAGCUUCGCAAACUAGCAGCGGGGGAGUUGCGACGAAAGUAUGGGAAGGAUUCUGCACAGGAGCAGGCAAGACAGGCAGCGUUGAGCGCUGAUCCACCCCCGGACGAGCUGCCGCAGGGUCGGGACUGGGAAAAGGAGACCGUUGUCGGGGUUCAUGCUGUACCAUCAAUGAAUCAUUUGCAUGUCCACGUGCUAUCUGUUGAUCGAUAUAGUGAUCGCCUGAAGCACCGGAAGCACUACAAUAGCUUCUCGACUCCGUUCUUCGUUCCCAUUGAUGACUUCCCGCUGGCGGAGGACGAUGUGCGGAGAAAUCCCACUGGAGAGGGCUAUCUCAAGAAGGAUUUCACUUGCUGGCGUUGUGGAAGGGGAUUCGGAAACCGCUUCGUGGAAUUGAAGCUACAUCUCGAGCAAGAGUUUAUGGAAUGGAAGAAGCUUUAG